CUCACCAACUCUGCGUAAAUUACCUUCAAUUUCCGUUCAACCUAAAUUUGGAAGGCUGAAGAGCCCUAAAUAAAAUCCAUUGGAAUUUCCGAGUUGCUUCCUCCCUCAAUUGUCUCUACCUUAGGUAGGCGCUGAUUCACCAUCUCACCGAUUUCGUCUUCCUCAAGCUCCGGCAACUGCUGCACUUUGAAGCUCCGCCGUUAUUUAUAUGAAACAGAUCCUUUCUUUAUUCUUCAACCUCUCUGAAAAUCUCUAGAGGUCUUCUCAACAUUCUUUCCUGUCAAAAUCAACGUUCCCAAUCCAUAUUCUAGUGGAUCGGUUAUCUCCAUCUGUUGAAUAAUAAAAGAGGCUGAGAUAUAUCAUAAUCAAAUCCUACUUCAUUCUAUUCUCUUCAGUUAUGGCAGCUAAGAUUCUUGCCAACUUAAUUGUAAUGGGCUCUGGUAUUUUAGCUCGGGCUUUUGUUCAAGCCUACCGGCAAGCACUUGCAAAUGCCUCAAAAUCUGGUGUCGCCCAAGAGACAAUUCAAAACACAAUCCGGAGAGGAAGCAAAGUAAUGACAGAGCAGGAAGCCCGGCAGAUUCUUGGUGUAACCGAGGAAACUGCUUGGGAGGAGAUACUGAAGAAAUACGACAAUUUAUUUGAGAGCAACGCCAAAACUGGAAGCUUUUACAUCCAGUCAAAGGUUCACAGGGCUAAGGAAUGUUUAGAGGCUAUACAAAAAGGCAAAGGCGAGGGUACCCCAAGUUGAGAUUAGAAUUGUAUGCACAAGUUUGUUGUUUAUUGUGAAAACUUAGUGACCUAUUUAGUUGCAAAAUGAUCCAAAAUAACUUAUGCUACAGAAGCCAUAAGUGUUGGCUUUGAUCUUAUUAAUGGUCAAAUUGUGUCAUUAGGCUAAUCCAGACUUGAUAAAAUGAGUUGUGUUAAUGCAAAAUGAUCAAAUUAUAAGAGGCAUAUCAGUAUGUGUGCUCAUUAUUUUGAAGGGGAAGUUCAUUUAGUAAACCUGUUCUCCUGUUGGGGAGGACGUCGAUGUUGGCUUACAGCACCUCUUGGGAUUCUUAUUCUUAAAGAAAGAAAGGGAAAAGUUAGGGGGGUUGGCUUGGCUUUUGUAUUACUAGUACAUCUUUUUCUUAUUUCUGUAAAAAGGAAGAAUCUGUAUUGAUUAAAUCUUUUGAUUUAAAACUUAAUUAGUCUAUCAUUUUCAGGAUAA